AUGAGCAAAAACGAUGUGGAUGAGUGCAUGUCAGCCCGAUGUUGUUGCAGAUUGAUAAUAGAAAAAUGCAAAGAAAAUCCGGCCUCCCCGACAGUAGCAAAACCACACAAUGGGUUAAAACAUGCUAAAAGCUCUGAAAUGAGUCUAUGUGAUUUCUUAAAAUCACAGCCGGUGUCAGACUGGAUUAAACCCCUGCAGGACAACCGUGUUGGAUCGAAAGAUACGAAAGACAAGCAGCGUGGCCCGCAAGAGUUAGUUACGGUACCAGGUCUAGUAAAUCGUAUCUGUCAACAACCACCUCCCGCCGACCGCGAAGAGAAGCAUCCCCAUCACCAUCAUCGGGAUAUUAAGCCGAAUCCACAGAUUCAGCCCACGACCGGCGUUUUGGAAGAUCGGUUCAUGUCACAGAUCAUCAUCAACAUCGGUACGAUAACCACUGAUAAAGUGUGCAAGCGAGAUUCAUGUCAGCAGACCGAUCCGGAAGUCCAGACUACCGUCAGUCCGCCGACCAACCUCCCGACUUCUACCUGUCCCCCAGUCGAGCGUCCGACUUCUAUUUGUCCGCCGGCCGAUAAACCAAUCUCUGUUUGUCCACCGGUCGAACGUCCGACCUCCAUCUGUCCGUCGGCUGAUAAACCAACUUCUGUCUGUUCGCCGGUCAAACGUCCGAUCGCCGUUAUUCUCCCCAAAGUUCAUCUGCCCGUAGUUGAAUCUAUUCCGGUGACACGGGACCGUACUUGUCGUUAUCGGGGCAACGCACAGUCCACGGUCCCGAGCACGCAACUGAAACCCGGUAUCGAGUCCGAAAAUAAGAAAAAAAUGAAUUGUUGUUGCGCCUGCCACUCGGACGGCUGCCUACCAUAG